AUGGCUGGCCAACCCACCCUCGAGUCUCUACACAAGCGUCUUCAACUUCUCGAGGACAAAGACGAACUCAACACUCUCCUGAACCACUAUUGUAACACCGCCGAUGACCACAAAUGGGACGAAUAUGCCGCCACCUUUACUCCUGAUGGUGUCCUCGGCUUCGAGAAAUGGGGAGAGAUCGUGGGACGCGAUAAGAUCUCCGCUGCAGCUGGUGGCGCUGAGAAUCGCUUCCAGGGUCUACAACACUCUAUGACCAACAUGCAGUUUACCAUCAACGAAGAUACUGCGAGCGCAAGAUGUUACUUGUGGUUUGCAGCUACAAUGGAUACUUCUAAGCCGCAUGAAUACCACGCAUUUGGUGGACAUUAUCGAUUCCAAUUCAAGCGGACUUCUGAGGGCUGGCGGAUUAGUCGCAUGCAACUAUCAAAGGUCUGGGCUCAGAAUGAGGACACCGAGGGUGUGUUUGGGGCUUAA